ACCAUGACUCAACUAGGAUGGGGAUUGCUGUUCCUGGGCCUCAUGGCCAUGGCUGAAGGGUGUCCGGAUCAUAUGCUCGAUGUCUGCAUGAAGUCUAAGCACCACAAGUUACAGUCUGGCCGAGAAGAUAACCUUUAUAACCAGUGUAGCCCAUGGAAGAAGAAAGCCUGCUGCACAGCAGACACCAGCAUUGCCGCCCAUGAAAACCCCUCCUCCCUGUACUGCUUCAACUAUAACCACUGUGGGAUGAUGACCCCAGCCUGCAGACGCCACUUUAUCCAGGGCACGUCUCUAUCAGGACCUAGGCUAGGACCCUGGAUCCAGCUAGUGUCCUCAAGUAUGAGGAAAGAACGGGUCCUGAAUGUUCCUCUGUGCAAGAAGGAUUGUAUCCAAUGGUGGGAGGACUGCCAAACUUCCUAUACCUGCAGAGAUAACUGGCACACAGGUUGGAAUAGGACUUCAGGGAUUAAUGAGUGCCCAGCUAAGGCUGCCUGCCACCCUUUCCCAUUUUACUUCCCAACACCAGCCUCCUUAUGUGAGAACAUUUUAAGUCAUUCUUACAAAGUAAGCUCUUUUAGCCGGGGUGGUGGCAAAUGUAUCCAGAUGUGCUUUGACCCAGCCUCAGGAAACCCCAAUGAAGCUGUGGCUAAAUACGAUGCUUUUGGCUCUGCCCCAGGCAUCUUCAGUUGGAAGGCCAGUUUCCCCUUCUUGAUUUUGACACUGCUGUUGCUUCUCUGGGUUUAA